UGCAGAUUUUGCACGACACAUAUGGCAGCCAUGUUUCUCAACACUUUGGUCAGCCUCCUCCUCUUCUUCCACAAAAAGCUUGCAGCCUCCGGCAGCGAAAACCAUGAAUUCAUCUUCGAUGGAUUCGGUGGCGCCAAUCUUACGCUCGACGGGGUGGCAUCCAUCACCUCCAGUGGUCUGCUGAGGAUCACCAACGCGACAACGCAGGUGAAGGGCCACGCCUUCCGUCCAUCCCCACUUCGUUUCAGAGAUCAAACGACUGGUAAAAUCUUCUCCUUCUCCACCACUUUCGUCUUCGGCUUCAUCCCAGAAUUCGCCAAUCUUAGCGGCCAUGGAAUCGCCUUCCUGAUUUCUCCCACCAAGGAUUUCUCCAGAGCCUUAGGUAGUCGGUUCUUAGGCCUCUUCAACCGGAGCAACGAUGGGAACUCAAGUAAUCAUAUUCUUGGCAUCGAGCUUGACACAAUCUUUGACCCUGAAUUCCAAGAUAUUGAUGACAAUCAUGUCGGAAUCGAUAUUAACAGCCUGACAUCUAACAUUUCCCACACCGCUGGUUAUUAUGCUGAUGACUCUGGUUUGUUCAAAGCUUUAAACCUUAAAAGUGGUGAAGCACUGCAAGUUUGGAUAGAUUACGAUGGCCAAGAGAUGCUGCUUAAUGUUACCUUAGCUUCAAUCCAAAUGGCCAAACCCCAAAAACCUCUCUUAUCCGCGACCAUCGAUCUAUCAAGCGUGCUAACAGAUCCCAUGUAUCUUGGCUUCUCCGCAUCCACUGGUUCUCUCCUGACGUCUCAUUACAUUCUGGGUUGGAGCUUUAACAUGAAUGGAGUAGCUCAAGCUCUCGACUAUUCCCUACUGCCCUCUCUCCCUCGUGCGGGACCCAAGCGAGGAUCAAAGGCGUUGACCAUUUUACUGCCUCUGGCAUCAGCUGGACUAGUUCUAAUCGUCGUAGGAGUCGUGGCUUUCAUCGUAAGAUGGAGGGUCAAGUACGCAGAGCUCCUCGAGGAGUGGGAGCUUGAGUACGGCCCUCAUCGGUUCUCCUACAAAGACUUGUACAAAGCUACCAAGGGUUUCAAGGACAAAGAUUUGCUCGGAAUAGGCGGAUUCGGAAAGGUCUACAAGGGGGUGCUACAGACUUCUAAAUCGGAUAUUGCGGUGAAGAGAGUAUCUCAUGAAUCAAGACAGGGCAUGAGGGAGUUUGUCGCUGAGAUAGUUAGCAUCGGUCGCCUCCGCCACCGCAACCUUGUUCAGUUGUUGGGCUAUUGCCGACGCAAAGGUGAGCUCCUGUUGGUGUACGAUUAUAUGCCCAAUGGCAGCCUGGACAAGUUUCUGUAUGGCCAAGACAAGCCUACUCUGGAUUGGGCGACGCGGUUCCGGAUCAUCAAAGGCGUGGCAUCAGGGCUUCUGUAUCUACACGAAGAUUGGGAGCAAGUCGUCAUCCACAGAGACAUCAAGGCGAGCAAUGUGCUGCUCGACCAUGAAUUGAAUGGAAAGUUGGGUGACUUUGGCCUGGCAAGGUUAUAUGAUCAUGGAACCGAUCCACACACCACCCACAUCGUCGGAACCAUGGGUUAUCUUGCUCCCGAGCUGACUCGAACAGGCAAGGCGACCACCAUCACCGACGUGUUUGCGUUCGGGGUCUUCCUUUUGGAGGUUGCUUGCGGGAGGCGGCCGGUGGACUCGAUCGCGUCCGGGGAGGAGCUGAUUUUGUUGGAUUGGGUGGUGGAGAAUUGGCGGAAGGGAUCGAUACUUGCGACGAGAGAUCCGAGGCUGGGAGAUGAGUACGUGGUGGAGGAGGUGGAGUUGAUUUUGAAGCUCGGACUGCUGUGCUCGCAUCCACUGCCCACAGCCCGGCCGAGCAUGCGCGAAGUGGUGCGCUACUUGGGGGGUCAUGCACCGUUGCCGGAACUGUCGCCCACGUACGUCAGCUUCAGCGUUCUUGCUCUGCUUCGCAAUGACGGCUUCGAUGAUUACAUCAUGUCGUAUCCUUCGUCGGUGGCUACUGCAUCGUUUAUUUCCGGAGAUGCAUCCAUUUCUGAAUUGGAUCGAAGUCAGUUCUUAGGCGUCUUCAACCAGAGCAACAAUGGGAACUCGAGCGAUCAUAUUCUUGGCAUCGAGCUUGAUACGAUCUAUGACCCUGAAUUCCAAGAUAUUGAUGACAAUCAUGUCGGAAUCGACAUUAACAGCCUGACAUCUAACUCUUCCCACACCGCUGGUUAUUAUGCUGAUGACUCUGGUUUGUUCAAAGCUUUAAGCCUUAGAAAUAGUGAAGCCCUGCAAGUUUGGAUAGAUUACGACGGCCAAGAGAUGCUGCUUAAUGUUACCUUAGCUUCAAUCCAAAUGGCCAAACCCCAAAAACCUCUUUUAUCCGCGAUCAUCGAUCUAUCAAGCGUGCUGACAGGUCCCAUGUAUGUUGGCUUCUCCUCAUCCACUGGUUCUCUCCUGACGUCUCAUUACAUUCUGGGUUGGAGCUUUAAGAUGAAUGGAGUAGCUCAGGCUCUCGACUAUUCCCUACUACCCUCGCUCCCUCGUGUGAGACCCAAGCGAGGAUCAAAGGCGUUGACCAUUUCACUGCCUCUAGCAUCAGCUGGACUAGUUCUAAUCGUCGUAGGAGUCGUGGCUUUCAUCGUAAGAUGGAGGAUCAAGUACGCAGAGGUCCUCGAGGACUGGGAGCUUGAGUACGGCCCUCAUCGGUUCUCCUACAAAGACUUGUACAAAGCUACCAAGGGUUUCAAGGACAAAGAUUUGCUCGGAAUAGGCGGAUUCGGAAAGGUCUACAAGGGGGUGCUACAGGCUUCUAAAUCGGAGAUUGCGGUGAAGAGAGUAUCUCAUGAAUCAAGACAGGGCAUGAGGGAGUUUGUCGCUGAGAUAGUUAGCAUCGGUCGCCUCCGCCACCGCAACCUUGUUCAGUUGUUGGGCUAUUGCCGACGCAAAGGUGAGCUCCUGUUGGUGUAUGAAUACAUGCCCAAUGGCAGCCUGGACAAGUUUCUGUAUGGCCAAGACAAGCCAACUCUGGAUUGGGCGACGCGGUUCCGGAUCAUCAAAGGCGUGGCAUCAGGGCUUCUGUAUCUACACGAAGAUUGGGAGCAAGUCGUCAUCCACAGAGACAUCAAGGCGAGCAAUGUGCUGCUCGACCAUGAAUUGAAUGGAAGGUUGGGUGACUUCGGCCUAGCAAGACUAUACGAUCAUGGGACUGUUCCCCUGACCACCCAUGUCGUGGGAACCAUGGGUUAUCUUGCUCCCGAGCUUGUUCGAACCGGCAAGGCGGCCACCAUCACCGACGUGUUUGCAUUCGGAAUCUUCCUCUUGGAGGUUGCUUGUGGAAGGCGGCCGGUGGACUCGAUCGCGUCCGGGGAGGAGCUGAUUUUGUUGGAUUGGGUGGUGGAGAAUUGGCGGCAGGGAUCGAUACUUGCGACGAGAGAUCCGAAGCUGGGAGAUGAGUACGUGGUGGAGGAGGUGGAGUUGGUUUUGAAGCUUGGAUUGCUGUGUUCGCAUCCGCUGCCGGCAGGCAGGCCGAGCAUGCGACAAGUGGUGGAGUACUUGGAGGGCGAAGCAGCACUUCCGGAACUGUCACCGACGUACCUCAGCUUCAGCGUUCUGGCGAUGCUUCACGAUGAAGGCUUCGAUGAUUACAUCAUGUCGUAUCCUUCGUCGGUGGCCAUUUCUGGAGCUUGGUAAUUGCAGAUGGGAAGCAUUACAUGAUGACAGUUGUUGUCUCCCAUCUCUUCUGUUCCUUUUGUUAGUCGAUACAAUUAUUGACUUCAGAUUAACAUUGUCAGUAUCGUAGAGUGAGCUCUUAUUGAUGACA